GUAUAAGGUUAUGUGAGUAAAAUAGAUUUAAAAAAUCCUGAGUAGCAUGGUUGCUUUCUGCUUUUAAAAGGUCACAAUUAAAAUCACCAAGAAUAUACACUGUUUUUUUUCCUUGGAGAUAGUAUCAAGAAGUGCUUGAAGAUCAGUAUUGAAUUCCUCUUGAUUAGUGUUAGGAGGUUUAUAUAUAAUUGAGAUUAGGAUGUUUUUAUUUUUUGAGUUGGUAAGCUGGAUGGUCAGGGAUUCACAUGAGUCGUGGAAUAACAAAUUUGAGGUCGUUCCAACUGGAUUGUUUAGUAGACUGUCGCACAUAGUGUCAAUCGACCUGAGUCAGAAUAGAAUAAUCGAAAUACAAAGGAACGCAUUUUUAGAUAACUAUGAACUCAUGUACCUGAAUGUAAGCUUUAAUGACCUUCAAUCAGUGGACACGUAUAUAUUUGAGCUGAUAGGGAAGGCGCAAGGGGAAACACAUAAAGUAUUUGAUUUCUCGCAUAACAAUCUCGAAUCGUUUCAUAAUUACAACGGCAAAGUUCGUCAGGAUUUCCGAAACAAAAAAUAUUUGGCUUUUAUGGAUUUAAAAUAUAAUCAAUUUAAGUACAUAAAUCUUGAUCUUUUUAGACCAUUUUCUCUAACCACAUUAGAUGGUUGGCUCCAGUUCAUUAUUACCACCCUUGCCGUCCAGGCACAGCUAUUCGCUGACUUCUCAAAAAACCCAAUCACGUGUGACUGUAAUAUGUUUGACGUCCAAAGAAUGCUUAAACUUAUAAAACGGCAUACAUCUUUGCCGAAAUGGUUAUCUCCUACUAGUUUGGGGAACUCUAGUCAGCUAGCAAGGUUCAUAUUUUGGGAAGAGCAUUCCUUGGUAUGCAUGUACCCUCCUGAGCUACACGGCAGUAAGUUAUCCCUCGUAAAUGCUGGUGACCUCGUGUGUGACGUCACGGAUGGAUGUCCUGUAUAUUGCAGAUGUAUUCGGAGUCCCAGUUUGAAACGCCUCAUAAUUGAAUGUAGCAAUAAACAUUUGACAGGUCUACCCCCAACCCUUCCUCGUGUUCAAUCUGACAAUGAAAAGAUAAACAUCUAUGUACGUGAUAAUUACAUUGAAGAUCUGCAGUACAGAUCAUACUUCAAUGAUGUGGCCAUAUUGGAUGUAUCACACAAUCAAAUAAAAAGUAUCGAUAGUGCAGCUAUAGAAAAUCUGACCAACUUAGAACAACUUAUUUUGUACAACAAUAACUUGGAAUAUCUGCCAAAAAGAUUGCCCUUAGUGAAGAAUCUAAAAAACAUUUCUCUUCACGGAAAUCCAUUAGUGUGCAGUUGUAAUACGGUUUGGAUCAAAGCAUGGCUUCGAAGUCUAACCGACCGUUAUGUGUUACAUAAAAGUAGAAAAAUAACAUGCGUUGGUGAAACAGAACCUAUCAUAGAACGGGAAGUCCACGUAGACUUGUGUAAUGUGAAUUUUGGAGUUGUUGUAGUUAUUCCGGUUUGUAGUAUGAUUCUUUUUAUUUUCAUUCCGAUGACUUUAUUCUGUUUUAAGGAUGUCUUAAUACUGCUUAUUAGAAAACAGACGGAAUACCCAGAACACCCUGAAGACAAACAAUACGAUGCAUUUGC